CCAAACUGUUACCCUGAGUGUUACCGUCAGGAGCAAUGACAUCAGGGCUUUAAAACAACUUGUUAUUCGGGGAGUAAUCAGUUGCAAUUAGGCAUUAAUUAAGUAUUAUGAAAGUUGAUUAUUUAAGUGAAUUCGGCUUUCGACUCUCCGACUAUGAGUUUGGGACCAAAGAGAGGAGCAUGGAUCUUGGUACAGCUGAAGGCACCCGGUGCACCGACCCGCCCGCAGGCAAGCCCGCGAUGGCGGCUAAGCGCAAAGGCGGCCUGAAGCUGAACGCCAUCUGCGCCAAGCUGAGCCGCCAGGUGGUGGUGGAGAAGGCGGCGGACGCAGGCCCCCAGGCCGAGGGCAGCCCGCUGCGGCCGCGGGACCGGGAGGCCGGUGUGGCCCGGGGUGCCCGCAGCGAGGAGGACAAGAGGCGUGCGGUGAUCGAGAAGUGGGUCAACGGCGAGUACAGUGAGGAGCCUGCGCCCGCACCUGGCCUGGGGCGGAUCGUCCGUGAGGGCCUGGAGCUGCCCCCCGAGGGCGUCUACAUGGUGCAGCCCCAGGGCUGCAGUGACGAGGAGGACCACGGCGAGGAGCCCCCCAAGGAUGGCAGCGCCGUGGCGGAGAAGGAGUCCGAUGGCGUGGCCUCCAAGGACGACAGCGGCCCUGCCACCAAGCAGGCCUCAGGAGAGGCCUCCUCGCUCCGGGACUACGCCGCCUCCACCAUGACCGAGUUCCUUGGCAUGUUCGGCUACGACGACCAGAACACGAGGGACGAGCUGGCCAGGAAGAUCAGCUUCGAGAAGCUGCAUGCGGGCUCCACCCCCGAGGUGGCCACCUCCUCCGUGCUUCCCGCCUCCGAGGACGCCCUCAGCAAGCGGGCACGCUUCUCCAAAUACGAGGAGUACAUCCGCAAGCUCAAGGCCGGCGAGCAGCUCUCCUGGCCGGCCCACAGCAGCAAGGCCGAGGAGCGGGCGGGCAAGGAGGUGGUGGGGCCCCUGCCCGGCCUGCGGCUGCCCAGCAGCACAGCUCACCUGGAGACCAAGGCCACCAUCCUGCCCCUGCCCUCCCACAGCAGCGUCCCCAUGCAGGGCCUGGUGGCCCGCGCCUCCAAGUACGACUUCUUCAUCCAGAAACUGAAGACAGGCGAGAACCUGCGGCCCCAGAACGGGAGCACCUACAAGAAGCCAUCCAAGUACGACCUGGAGAAUGUCAAAUACCUACACCUCUUCAAGCCCGGGGAGGGCAGCCCCGACAUGGGCGGGGCCAUCGCCUUCAAGACCGGCAAGGUGGGGCGCCCCUCCAAGUACGAUGUCAGAGCCAUCCAGAAACCAGGUCCCGCCAAGGCUCCACCCACCCCCAGCCUGGCUCCUGCGUCCCUCCCCAGCAUGCCCAGCGCUCCCAGCGCCCCCGGGCCGGGACCUGAGCCACCUGCCUCCCUGCCUUUCAACACUCCCGAGUACCUGAAGUCGACCUUCUCCAAAACAGACUCCAUCACCACGGGGACUGUCUCCACCGUCAAGAAUGGAUUGCCCACAGAUAAACCAGCUGUCACCGAAGAUGUAAACAUUUACCAGAAAUAUAUCGCCAGGUUCUCGGGCAGUCAGCACUGCGGCCACAUCCACUGCGCCUACCAGUACCGAGAACACUACCAUUGCCUGGACCCCGAGUGUAACUACCAGAGGUUCACGAGCAAGCAGGACGUGAUCCGACACUACAACAUGCACAAGAAACGCGACAACUCCCUCCAGCAUGGCUUCAUGCGCUUCAGCCCGCUGGACGACUGCAGCGUCUACUACCACGGCUGCCACCUCAACGGGAAGAGCACCCACUACCACUGCAUGCAGGUGGGCUGUAACAAGGUGUACACGAGCACGUCAGAUGUGAUGACCCACGAGAACUUCCACAAGAAGAACACCCAGCUCAUCAACGAUGGCUUCCAGCGUUUCCGAGCCACCGAGGACUGUGGCACGGCCGACUGCCAGUUCUACGGGCAGAAGACCACGCAUUUCCACUGCAGGCGCCCCGGAUGCACGUUCACCUUCAAGAACAAGUGUGACAUCGAGAAGCACAAGAGCUACCACAUCAAGGAUGACGCGUACGCCAAGGACGGCUUCAAGAAGUUCUACAAGUACGAGGAGUGCAGGUACGAGGGCUGCGUGUACAGCAAGGCCACCAACCAUUUCCACUGCAUCCGCGCCGGCUGCGGUUUCACCUUCACCUCCACCAGCCAGAUGACCUCCCACAAGCGCAAGCACGAGCGCAGGCACGUCCGCUCCUCGGGCGUGCUGGGGCUGCCGUCCUCGCUGCUGGGCUCCAAGGACACGGAGCACGAGGAGUCGAGCAACGACGACCUGGUCGACUUCUCGGCCUUGAGCAGCAAGAACUCCAGCCUGAGCGCCUCCCCGACCAGCCAGCAGUCCUCCGCCUCCCUGGCCGCCGCCGCCACCGCCACCGAGGCCGUGCCCAGCGCCUCCAAGCCUCCCAACAGCAAGAUCCCUGGGCUGCUGUCCCAGGGCCUGCCUGCGUCCAUCCCGCUGGCGCUGGCUCUCUCCAACACAGGCCUGCCCACCGCCGCCCCCUACUUCCCCAUCCUGCCGGGUCGGAGCAGCACCUCCCUGCCUGUGGGCACCCCCGGCCUCCUGGGCGCCAUGUCGUCGGGGGCGGCUGCCUCCGCGGCCGCUGACACCCCCACUCUGGCCGCCUCGGGAGCCGGCGACUCAGCCCCAGCGGCUGCCACCUCCGUCCCGGUGCCACCCGGCUCCAUCAUGGAGAGGAUCUCUGCGAGCAAGGGCCUCAUCUCGCCCAUGAUGGCCAGGCUGGCCGCGGCCGCCCUCAAGCCCUCUGCCACCUUUGACCCAGGAAACGGGCAGCAGGCCACCCCUGCCAGGUUCCCCCCGGCCCCAGUGAAGCAGGAGCCCGGUGAGAACGCUGGCGCCCCGGUUCCCCACGAGGUCUCCCAGGACCGCAGUUUAGACCUGACGGUGAAGGAGCCCAGUAAUGAAUCAAAUGGCCACGCAGUCCCGGCAAAUUCAUCUCUUUUAUCCUCGCUUAUGAAUAAGAUGUCUCAGGGCAACCCCAACCUCGGCAGCCUGCUGAACAUCAAGACAGAGGCGGAGGCCAGCGCCGCCAUGGAGUCCUCGCCCUUCCUGGGCAAGGCUGUGAAGGCGCUGGUUCAGGAGAAGCUGUCCGAGCCCUGGAAGGUGUACCUCCGAAGGUUUGGCACCAAGGACUUCUGUGACGCCCAGUGUGACUUCCUCCACAAGGCCCACUUCCACUGCGUGGUGGAGGAGUGCGGCGCACUUUUCAGCACCCUGGACGGAGCCAUCAAGCAUGCCAACUUCCACUUGCGGACGGAGGGAGGAGCUGUGAAGGGAACCGCAGAGGCUGCCUUCCCUGCCACCGCGGCCGAGACCAAACCUGCCUUGGCCCCCUCGUCCCCGUCGGCACCUCCCGUCACCACAGCCACAGUUUCCGCUCUGGAGGGUCCCACUCCCAGCCCGGCCGCCGUGCCCUCCACCCCCACGCUGCUCGCCUGGAAGCAGCUGGCUUCCACCAUACCCCAGAUGCCUCAGAUUCCAGCGCCAGUGCCUCACCUGCCCACUUCGCCCUUGGCAACGACUUCUCUAGAAAACGCCAAGCCCCAGGUCAAACCCGGAUUCCUCCAGUUCCAGGAGAACGAUCCCUGCCUCGCGACGGACUGCAAGUAUGCCAACAAGUUCCACUUCCACUGUCUCUUCGGGAACUGCAAGUACGUCUGCAAAACCUCGGGCAAGGCGGAGUCGCACUGCCUGGACCACAUCAACCCCAACAACAACCUGGUCAACGUGCGGGACCAGUUCGCGUACUACUCGCUUCAGUGUCUCUGUCCCAACCAGCAUUGCGAGUUCCGGAUGCGCGGCCACUACCACUGCCUGCGGACCGGCUGCUACUUCGUGACCAACAUCACCACCAAGCUGCCGUGGCACAUAAAGAAGCACGAGAAAGCCGAGCGGCGCGCAGCCAACGGAUUCAAGUACUUCACCAAGCGCGAGGAGUGUGGCAGGCUAGGCUGCAAGUACAACCAGGUCAACAGCCACUUCCACUGCAUCCGUGAGGGCUGCCAGUUCUCCUUCCUCCUCAAGCACCAAAUGACCUCCCACGCCCGGAAGCACAUGCGGAGGAUGCUGGGGAAGAACUUCGACCGCGUGCCCGCCUCCCAGGGCCCCCCGAGCCUGAUGGACACAGAGACCGAUGAGUACAUGGACUACACGGGCUGCAGCCCGGGCGCCAUGUCUUCCGAGUCGUCCACCAUGGACCGAAGCUGCUCCAGCACCCCCGUGGGCAACGAGAGCACCGCGGCAGGGAACACCAUCUCCAUGCCCGCGGCGUCCGGGGCCAAGAAGCGCUUCUGGAUCAUCGAGGACAUGUCGCCCUUCGGCAAGCGGCGCAAGACGGCGGCGUCGCGCAAGAUGCUGGACGAGGGCAUGAUGCUCGAGGGCUUCCGGCGCUUCGACCUGUACGAGGACUGCAAGGACGCCGCGUGCCAGUUCUCGCUCAAGGUCACGCACUACCACUGCACGCGCGAGAACUGCGGCUACAAGUUCUGCGGCCGCACGCACAUGUACAAGCACGCGCAGCACCACGACCGCGUGGACAACCUGGUGCUGGACGACUUCAAGCGCUUCAAGGCGUCGCUGCGCUGCCACUUCGCCGACUGCCCGUUCUCGGGCGCGAGCACGCACUUCCACUGCCUGCGCUGCCGCUUCCGCUGCACGGACAGCACCAAGGUCACGGCGCACCGCAAGCACCACGGCAAGCAGGACGUGAUCAGCGCGGCGGGCUUCCGCCAGUUCAGCUCGAGCGCCGACUGCGCCGUGGCCGACUGCAAGUACAAGCUCCGCUGCUCGCACUUCCACUGCACCUACCCCGGCUGCCGCCACACGGUGGUCGGGAUGUCGCAGAUGGACUCGCACAAGCGCAAGCACGACAAGCAGGAGCGCGGGGAGCCGCCCGCCGCCUCGCCCGGCCCCGCCGGCGCCCCGGACGCCGCCCCGCCGCUGGGCCCCGAGCCCGCGCUGCUCUUCCUGCCGCCCGCCGCCGCCGCCGCCGCCGCCGCCGCCGCCGCCGCCGCCGCCCCCGCGCCCGCCGGCCCGGGGCUGGGGCUGGGGCUGGGGCCGGGGCCGGGGCCGGGGCCGGGGCUGGGCGACCCCGGCGACCCCGGCCCGCCGACGGCCCCCGCGACGGCCCCCGACGGCCCCCGCGACGGCCCCGCCGCGCCCGCGCCCGGCCCCGCGGCCGGGGAGUCCUCGCAGGAGGACGACGAGGAGGAGCUGGAGCUGCCCGAGGAGGACGCGGACGACGACGAGGACGACGACGACGACGAGGACGACGACGAAGACGACGACGACGAAGACGACGACGACGACGAGGACCUGCGCACCGACUCGGAGGAGUCGCUGCCCGAGGCGGCGGGGCGGCGGGCGGCGGGGGCGGCGGGGCCGGGGGCGCGGAGCCCGGAGCUGGCGGCGCCCGCCGCGGCCUCGCCCUAGCCCUAGCCGGCGUCGGGGCGGGGGGCGCGGGGACCGGCGGGGACGGGCGGGGGCGCCCGGGGCCGCCGCGACUCCCGCUGUACGAGAUGCGAUUUGUGCGUCGGGCCAAGCCGGGCGCGCCCCCGCGGCCCCCGCCCCGCCGCCCCGCAGGUGCUUCCGGACCCCGAGUCCGUCUCAGGACAGAGGCGGGGCCCCCCCCUGGUGCUCCGGGCCCCCCGCCCCCCCCCCCCCCGCCCGCGAGGACCGGCUGCGAGCGCCCCUCCCCUCGGCUGCAGGCGGGGGUCUUCUUCUUCAGGGAAACAGAAGGUGCUCUUGUCGGGGUGUCCUCCCCCGGGGCGCGGGCCCCGGGCCCCACGACCGCGCCGGCGGGACUCAUGCUCAGGACUGGGGGCCGCGGCCCCUGCGGCGGAGGGAGCCCAGCCAGCCCCCGGGGGUGGGCGUGGGGGUGGGGGUGGGGCGGGGCGCCGCGCGGGGACCCCCGGGCGCGGCCUCUGCGGCGGGGGCCUCGGGGCGAGGGCGCAGGGCCCGGCGGGGCCUCGGCCACCCACGCCGUGGAGCGGAAGGAUACCACUCUUCGGGGCUUUAAUAUUCAAAAUGGGGAAAAACGCGAGAAAGCUGUACAGUAUUUUUCCUGUAAAGGUUAUUAUUCUACAUAGAACAAAAAAAAAAAAAAAACACAAAAAAAGGCAGGCGGGCCCGGGAGCACAGGCCGCCGCGGCCCCGCCCCGGGUGGACGCCGAGUGCAAUCGCUCACGUGGGAUUUCGUUCCAUUCGUUUUCGGGGCCUUACCCGAGUGACGCUGUCUCGACAGUAGCACUGACGGGAGCUGCGCGAUUCCAACUUUUAACUUGAAUUUUGUAGAAACAAGGAAAAAAGGACUAUUGCUGUUGAUACAAGUUUGUAGUUAAUUUUGAGUUUUUCUCUAUUGGUUAUGCGUGUGGCUUUAUAGGGCUUUUUUUUUUUUUCCAGUUUGUUAUUUUAAAUUACUUUUGUUUGGGAUGCUUCUUUGCUGGUGCAACCCACCCAGACCAGGUCCCCGCGCCCCGCGCCCACAGGUCCGAGCGGGCUUGGGGAGGAAGGCCCACGCGGCAGGGGCGCCCGGGGCGGCUCGGGUCCUGGCCACCAGCCUGGCUCGGGGGACCCUGCAACUCGGCCUGUCACCCCGAUCGCCGAGGGGGCCGAGGGGGCCUCACGUGACGGCAGGGGGCACUGGGUUUUUUUUUUCUUUUUUGUCCGUGUGUGUGCGUGUGCGCGCGUGUCCUCUUGGCCGCCCACAGCCCGGGAGCCAGGACCACCUGCGCUUGGAGGGGGUUGGGGGUCCCACUGAGCGCACCUGAUGCAACAGGAGCAAAUCCUUGUCCGAAACAGCCCCGCGCAGAGCCUCCCGAACUCUGUGGGCGCCGCGCUGCUGCUGAGCGCUCGCCCAGACUCUGCCCUCCACCGCCCCUGGGUGCGUGGAGGGAGUUUUGUAAAGGAAAAAAAAAAAAAAGAAAAAAACAAAACACAAAAACAUUUUUCAAUGUAGCAGACUUUAAAAAAAAAAUUAAAAAAAAAAGAAAAUCGAAGAUGCCGACAGUGCGAAGUCUAGCCUUUUGUAACCUUCAUAUUGCACACUAGGACUAUAAGCCAUUGCUAGCUCAUUUUGAAUUUUAAUGUGUAAUUUUUGUUUUAUUUUCUUUCUGUGGGGAAAAUAAUGCUUGAUCCACCAAUGCUCUUUUUAAUGUUUUAUAACUAUGUAUGUGUAUAUAUAUAAAUAUAAAAUAAUAUGUAUGCACAUAUGUGUGUGUAUAUAUCUAUAUGUAUAUACAUAUAUAGAUAUAUAGAGAUAUAUAGAGAGGUUCUGAGACGAAAACUGCAGAACGUGAAAACCGAACUGAACAGCGUGUGCUCUGAUUACUUGAAUCUGGUCUCCUCGGCACCUGGUUAACUGAAUAUUUUUCCACUUGAAUUUAGCGCUAUUAGAAAUUUAAUAUAUGUGUUUUAUUUAUUUGAUUUUUUUUUUUGCAUGACUGAUGCAAGGUUUGACAUUUUCACUCAAUAAAAACUGGAAAAAAACCUA